GAAAUGGAUUGGAAUCUCUUCUCAUUCCACCACUGUAACUCGACCUUCACCGUCGGCCUGACCCCGCUCUACCUGACCAUGCCCCUGUCACCCUCACAUCCACUUCUUAACAGGAUCCCACGGCCUCGGCGAGAGACUCCGGACCAUGUGAUUGAUCAGCUGAAGGAGGCCGUUUCGGCCGACGACAUGGAUACCUUCCGAGAAGUGCUUUCGGUGCAAACCCGCAUCUCCGAGCUGGUCGAUGUCAUGAGCGAAGCGUUGGUCUGCGACCACGCCGGCGCCGCUUACCAGCUGCUGCGCCGCGGCAUGGCCCCGAACCGUGUUUUUGCCAGGAAAGCCAUCGCCGCCCGCGCCAAGAAGUGCCUCGCCGUCUUCUUUGACUUUGGCUGGGAUGUUAACGAGCCCGUUAACGCCACGGAGACUUCGGUGUUUGCCUAUGCAUUCGCCGACAGAGACAUGGCCCUCUGGCUUCUCGAGCGCGGCGCCGACCUGAACGUGCGUCCCGUGAUCGACAUCACCCCCUUGUCCCACGCCGUGAAGUAUGCUACUCCCGACCUUCUCCGCGAGCUGCUGGACCGUGGCGGCGACGUGCAAAAGGGCGAGGUGUUGCAGCACGCGCUGAACCGAUCGACCGAUGUCGUGACGGUCCUGGGCAUGCUGCUAGACAAGGGCGCGCCGCUAAACGCCGUCAUGUAUGCGAACCACCCCGGCUCCUGGAGGAUGUACUUCUUCCUCGAACGGGGCACACCGCUGCACAAAGCAGCCACGAUCGGCAAUGCCGAGGCGGUGCGGUUCUUGCUGGACCGGGGCGCGGAUCCCAGCAUUCCAAAUUCCAAGGGCCGGAAGGCCCUCGAGUGUGCCGAGCGGGCGGGACACAAGGAGAUUGUCGAGAUGUUGGCCAAUGAAAGAGUUGGACAUUCAAAGCGGUUGCCAACAAAGCGGAGGAGCGUUGCAAGAUGAUCGAGCAGCUGGGUGGUACCUGCUACGCUGGCCCAAAGACUGCCUAGAUCCUUGCGACAAUCCUUGCGACAGCGUGGUUCGCGUUGAGGGCUAGGAGCUUCAAGGUCAGACACUGUGUGAUCUUGAGCUCCGAGAAGAUGGUGGCGACGGUCUUGUCUGAGGGAGGCUGAGUGCGGUAGGGCCAGAGAUGAGAAUGUCUAUUGAUCAAUGAAUUCAGAGGGACUUCUUGCCUGGUUCCUAACACCAAAUAUUGGAAGAUAGCCACAAGAAGAGAAGGUAUAUAUCGAUGCCCAGCAGCCCAACCACAACUCCUUCCUGCGCUCUCUAGCAGCCACUCCC